GGGCUCCUGGCUAGCCAGUUAGCGGGAAGAGGCGUGGUCCCACGGAGACGUUGAGGACCAGCUAGAGCUGCGGUUGGACUUUAGGCCUGGGUCAGCGGGGAAUAGAAAGCCGCAGAAGGUUCUGGAGCGCCAGGAGCGAAUCAGAGGCAGAAACCAGCGAGUCCUCCCGUAAGGAGGAGACUUCCGGACGCUUCGGGGCCCAGAGAUUCACACGCUGCCCGGGCUUCGUGACGCACUCGGCGUCGGGGCGGGGCCGGCGCUAGCCAAGAUGGAGGCCAACGUGUUCCGGUUCCGAGAUGCCCGCUCCGCUCCGGAUCCGGUGCUGGAAGCCGGGCCAGUGGCCUUCGGCUCGCAGCCGGUACCUCUGGUGCUGGACAACGGGUCGUUCCAGGCUCGGGCCGGGUGGGCGUGCCCCGGGCCGGACCCGGGUCCGGAGCCGCGCCUGCAGUUCCGCGCCGUGUGUGCCCGCGGCCGUGGCGGGGCGCGCGGCGGACCGGGGCCGCAGGUGGGCAACGCGCUGGGAAGCCUGGAGCCUCUGCGCUGGAUGCUGCGCUCGCCCUUCGACCGCAACGUGCCUGUCAACCUGGAACUGCAGGAACUGCUGCUGGACUACAGCUUCCAGCACCUCGGCGUCUCCUCGCAGGGCUGCGUUGACCACCCCGUAGUCCUGACAGAAGCCGUGUGCAACCCUCUCUACUCCCGCCAAAUGAUGUCGGAGCUGCUUUUUGAGUGCUACAGGAUCCCGAAGGUCGCCUAUGGGAUAGACAGCCUCUUCAGUUUCUACCACAACAUGCCCAAGAACGCCCUUUCCAGUGGCCUCAUCAUCUCAUCUGGCUACCAGUGCACACACAUUUUACCUGUCUUGGAAGGAAGGCUUGAUGCCAAAAACUGCAAGCGCAUCAAUCUCGGAGGAAGUCAGGCAGCUGGCUACCUGCAGCGGCUUCUCCAGCUGAAGUAUCCAGGGCACCUUGCAGCCAUCACGCUCAGCCGCAUGGAGGAGAUCCUGCAGGAGCAUAGCUACAUUGCGGAGGACUACGGGGCAGAAUUGCAGAAGUGGCAGUGUCCUGAUUACUAUGAGAACAAUGUCCACAAGAUGCAGCUCCCAUUCUCCAGCAAGCUCCUGGGCAGCACACUGACGGCCGAGGAGAAGCAGGAGCGGCGGCAGCAGCAGCUGCGCCGGCUGCAAGAGCUCAAUGCCCGGCGGCGGGAGGAGAAGCUACAGCUGGACCAGGAGCGGCUGGAGCGGCUGCUGUAUGUGCAGGAGCUCCUAGAGGAAGGACAGAUGGACCAGUUUCACAAAGCUCUGAUAGAGCUGAACAUGGACUCCCCAGAAGAACUGCAGUCCUACAUACAGAAGCUCACCUUGGCAGUGGAGCAGGCCAAACAGAAAAUCCUGCAGGCCGAAGCCAACCUGGAGGUGGAUGUGGUGGACAGCAAGCCAGAGACCCCUGACCUGGAACCGCUGGAGCCCACCCUGGAGGAUGUGGAGAACAUCAAUGAUUUCGAGCCUUUGUUCUCAGAGGAAACGCCUGAAGUGGAGAAGCCACCGGUCACCACAGUCCAGCCCGUGUUUAACUUGGCAGCGUAUCAUCAGCUGUCUGUUGGGACAGAGAGGAUCCGUGCUCCAGAGAUUAUUUUCCAACCGUCUCUCAUAGGAGAAGAGCAGGCCGGGAUUGCAGAGACCCUCCAUUACGUCCUGGACAGGUACCCAAAGGCCAUUCAGGAUACUCUGGUCCAGAACGUUUUCCUCACUGGUGGGAAUGUGAUGUACCCAGGCAUGAAGGCCCGCGUGGAGAAGGAGCUGCUGGAGAUGAGGCCUUUCCAGUCCUCCUUCCAGGUUCAGCUUGCCUCAAACCCUGUGCUGGAUGCGUGGUACGGUGCCCGUGACUGGGCCUUGGAUCACCUAGAAGACAGUGGAGCCUGGGUCACCAGAAAGGACUAUGAAGAAAAGGGGGGCGAGUACCUCAAGGAGCAUUGUGCCUCCAACACGUACGUCCCCAUCCGCUUGCCUAAGCAGGCCUCACGUGCCUCAGAGACCCAGACUUCCGGGAGAGGCCCCGGCCCUAGCGGAAGUGGAACUGGUGAUCAGGCCUAGCCGAGGGGAUGCCAAGAUGCCCUUGUGCUUCACCCUUGCCAUGAAGGCAGUAUUCGGGACAAGGACAUGUUGCUGCCUGGGUUUAAUAGCCUUGUUUGGCUAGUGACUGGAUUUCUCCUUGGAGCCCAGCAGAGGACAGCAGGUGAUCUACCUCAGUGAAGGACACAGUGGGCUCUGGCACUGAGAACCGUGGACAAGCUGGGGCAGUGCUUCUCUUUGUACUAGAAAGCCUUUCUUUGUUGUUGUUGUUUUUUUUUUUUUUUUUUUUUUUUGGUGUUUGGUUGUUUUGUAUUUUUGUUUUUAAAGCUCUGAAGUUAUCCAUGUAGUGUUUAUUCUUCUGUGUGUGUCACUGUCCUGUGACUGCCUAGAGUGUGCUGCUUGUGGACAUGGCCCUUGCAGAAGUCCCUACAGUGGGAAGACCCACCCCACCCCUUGACCCCAUCCUCUGACUGGUGCCUGUCCUGAAUGGAAGGUGGCGCUUGUGCCCAGCCUUUUAACUGUUGCUUUGCUGGGAAUGCUCCCACACUGUGAAACCUGGCCAGAGAUUUUUUUUUCUUCUGUUUUGUGGGUUUGUUGGUAAUGCACCCUUUUUAGGCCACUCUGCAGAACUGAUGGCAGAGAGCCACCCCAGGGCCUUUCCAUUUGGCUGUGCCCCUCCCCCAGGCCUUUAUAGUGUGGCCUUGACCAGGUAGCUGCCCCUCUUCUGCUUUUGCUGCUUUAGGCCUGGGGUCUCAGUGCAGCUCAGGCUGGCGUCACACUCAGGCUUCCUGCCUCACCCUUCUUAGUGACGCACCACACACUCUGCCAGACGCCAUCUAUUAUAGAUUGUUGGUAGGAUUGUGAACUCUCAGACACACCCAGGAGCUAAGCCCAGUGGCUCCAGAGCUCAUGGCACCACAGAAGCCGCAUGUUCAGAUGCCAAGGAACUCUGCAUGCUGCCACGGUGCACCCACCACACAGCCUGUUUCUCCUCCGACUGGGAGACUGCAGGCCUGAAGGGGCGGUGUGUAUAGGCGGGGUAGAAGACCCUGGUAGCUGACCCAUGAGUUCCUAAGGCAUUUCCUAUUGAGUCAUUGGCAGUGCUAGGCUGGGCCAAGGACUGAUAGGAUGGCAGAAAGGGCAUGGACCAGUCUCCAUAGGAGAGAUGUAUUCAUAGCACCAUCCAGGGUAAGAGGUGGUACUGACCACUGGCCAUCCAGCCUUCCUUCUUCCGUUUAAAUGAGAUAGCCUUGGAGGGCAGGCAGGUGGUGAAGGGUCCUGUGCAGGUGAACCUGGUGCUCUACACAGCGCAAGGGGCGGUAGGCUGGAAUGCUCAGGUUUUAGGUGGUGAUCAACACCGGAGGAGGAGCUGAGGGAGGGAAGGGGCUGAGCUCCCAGCACUCUAGUUUUGUGUCCUGUGAAGCAUGUCAUGAUCUUUUACCUUCAGCCUCCAGUUGGCCCUUAGAGAAUCCUGCCCGUUCCCAGAGCUAGCCAGGAGUUUGCUACCUGUAGCCUUCAUAGAGUGUUCACCGUGUACCGUGGGCCUUAGACUCUGGCUGGUCCUUUGUGAGCAGUGACAUUUCUCCCACGAUUGGGAGUUACGCAGGGCAGAGGGCACCUUGCCUUACAGAGCUGUGAAAGAAGAAACAUCUUGAUCUGUCCUCUACCUGCUCUUUGGAAUUUGUCACCACAGCCAGGAAGCCAGGUGGGAAGCUGGUAAGCCAUACAAGAGAACAUAACUUGUCCUCAGCCCAGGGGACAUCAGCAAAGGCUCACCAAGAACUGGUGUGGUGAGAAGCAGGAGAGAUGGGCCCUGCAUGUCUUGGCAGGCAGUCAGCUUCUGUCAUUGUGACUGGUCUAUGGGCCCUGUAAAAGUAUCGUGGACCGUGCAGUGCUUAUCCUGUGAGUGGCCUAUUUUACCUAGCAUGGUGUCACAGAUGGCAAGACAUCCUGAGCAGCAGUCGUGUGUAUUGUCUCCUGUCUCUUUCCCUUGUCCCCUCCCUUGCCCCCUUUUUUUUUUCUUUUAGGAAUGGUCCGGCAGCCAUUGGCUGGCCUAGUACUAUGUAAACCUUGUUGUCCUGAAGCUUGUGGCAGUCCUGCCUCUACCUCUGGAAUGCUGGGAUUGUAGGCAUGAGCCACCACUCAUGUCUGGCUGUUGCAUGCUUUACCUAUGUGGUGCUGGGCGUGUAGGGCUCCUCUGUCUUGGCUGUUAUAAACAUUUGUCGCUGUAGACCUCCUUCGGCAGUGGGUGCUGGAUGGGGUAUGAGCUGGACUUGAGUGUCUGAGAAACCUGUUUACAGAGCAGCAGCCAUCUUUACAUCCCACCAGAAGGCCCCAGGUUCUGGUUCCACAUCUUCAUCAGUUCUUACUUUUCAGUGUUUGCCUGGUGGUUGACGGAGUUGACAUCUUUCCCAGCACCUGUUGGCCAUGUGUGUGUCUAGGAAGUUUAAUUUCCCAAGGUUUUGUUUCACUUGCACAGGGUUCUGCCUCUCUGCCAGUGCCUGGUGGCUACACUGCAAUGACGGCCUGUAUCCUCAGCUGCCUACA